AUACUUACUUGUCUUCGACUUCCCAUAACAAUGCCUGGAAAAGUCGCCGUCCUCACUCCAGAUGCUCCUGCUCCGAUGCCCGUCCUUUCACAGGGCAUCAUCUGCAACGGGAUGGUCUAUGUAUCGGGAAGCCUAGGCAUCGACCCCUCGACCGGCAAGUUUGUUGACGGCACAGUGGCCGACCGUACGGACCAGAUCUUCCGUAACAUAUCUGCCAUUCUCAAAGCCGCAGGCAGUAACUUGGAUAAUAUAGUCAAAGUCAACAUUUUCCUGACAGAUAUGUCGAACUUCCAAAUUAUGAACGAGGCUUACGCUAAGAACAUUCCUGAUGGCGUUAAGCCGGUACGCACAUGCGUUGCGGUGAAGGAGCUGCCCUUCGGCUCUGAUGUUGAGAUUGAGUGCGUCGCAGCUUUGGAAUCCGCAUAG